GCCUCUGUGUUUUGUGACCUUCAAAGUGGAGGAGAAGAAGAGCUGUCAGCUGAAUUCUUUCAAGAGCAACACCAAGCGAGACAAAGGAGCUGAUUGUGGACUACAGGAAACGGAUGGCCGAGCCACACCCCCCAUUGAUAUCGACAGGGCUGUAGGGGAGCAGGUUGAGAGCUUCAAGUUCCUGUCUACAUCACUAAGGAAUUAUCAUGUUUUCUGUCAUGAGAAGACCCACUCACAUGCGGAGGACGAGCUCUUCAAGAAGCUCUUCAUCGGGUACAACAAGUGGUCCAGACCCGUACCCAACAUCUCAGACGUGGUCAUCGUCAAGUUCGGACUCUCCAUAGCACAGCUCAUUGAUGUGGACGAGAAGAAUCAGAUGAUGACCACCAACGUCUGGCUGAAACAGGAGUGGAAUGACUACAAGCUGCGCUGGAGACCGUCUGACUACGACAACGUCACGUCCAUCAGAGUCCCGUCGGAACUCAUCUGGGUCCCAGACAUCGUCCUCUACAACAAUGCAGACGGUGAGUUCGCCGUGACCCACAUGACCAAGGCCCACCUGUUCUACAAUGGGAAGGUGCGCUGGGUCCCCCCGGCCAUCUAUAAGUCCUCCUGCUCUAUCGACGUUACCUUCUUCCCCUUCGACCAGCAGAACUGUAAGAUGAAGUUUGGCUCUUGGACCUACGACAAGGCUAAAAUCGACCUGGAACGCUUCGAGAACACUGUGGAUCUGAACAACUACUGGGAGAGUGGAGAGUGGGCCAUCAUCAACGCAGUGGGAACAUACAACACCAAGAAGUACGACUGCUGUCAUGAGAUCUACCCUGAUAUCACCUACUUCUUCAUCAUCAGACGGCUGCCUCUCUUCUACACCAUCAACCUGAUCAUCCCCUGUCUGCUCAUCUCCUGUCUCACCGUCCUGGUCUUCUAUCUCCCCUCAG